CCGGCGCGCUCUCUCAGCCCCUCCCCGGAAGUUAAGGGUCUUCCGGGCGGUACUCUGCAGUGGGGGAGGGGAAGGAGAGAAAGGGGACCGAGGACACCUCGGGAGCCCCUCCACCCAAACAGGGCUAGGAGAGGAGAGAUGGUUUAUGGAGGCUGCACUUACAGCCGCUGCCGCUGCUGCCGCCGCCACCUCCGCUGCUGCCGCCACCGCCUGAAGAAGCCCCAUCCAUCCGCCUGCAGCCCGGGAGACUCAGAGCCUGGGAGGGGCCUAGGGCCCGGGCCGCCCGCCUCCUUCUUCUAGUCGUCGUCCGGGGCUUCCUCUUGCUCCACCAACCCUCUGCCCUCCCCUCCGCCUCCGCCCUCCUCCUCGGCCUCCAGCCGCCAGCCAACCGCGCGGCCGCUUGUUGAGCCAAGGCUCCACCGUCUCCAUGACGUCCGGCAAACAUUCCCGUGCCUUAGCCGGAGCCGCUGACGCCGGGGGUUGGUACAGGGGCUCCAGAAGAAGCCAGGGAAGGGGGUGGUCGACUACUCCCCACCCAGUCGCCACCAUGCCCAUCUCUCCGGUAAACAGCCGCAAGCAGCCGAACGUCGGGGUAAACACUGGCGCACAGCCGAAGAGGUCUAUUAGCUCUACUGGCCCAGCAAAAGGAUCGCAAAUGAAAGGAGGAUAUAUUAGUGCAAACCAAAGCAGAAUGGCUGUGUCAAAAACCAUGGUGAUUCUACCUGACCCAAAAACAGUAGAAAAAAUGAAUAUUUCCUCCACAAAGACAGUCACGCGGGUGACUGAUAUACAUGGAGUUGAUGUUACUCCCAGACCUCUCUACCAUCCAGAUCCAUAUACUGGUACAGCAAAGCCAAAUAAACUAUUGACAUCACAAGAAGGAUCACGUACAUCAGACUUUAUAGCUUCCUAUAGCCUUUAUCAGAAUACAAUAAAUCCUAGUAUGUUAGGGCAGUUUACAAGGUCAGUUUUAGGAAGCAGUACAGUUUCUAAGUCAAGUACAUCCACUACUGAAUCAAUGGUAGAAGAUCUAGAAGAACCAUCCUUUAAACGGGAAAGGUUGGCUAGUUUUACAGAUUUACGAGUUAUUAGGGCAACACCUGGAAAAAUUGUAACAAAAGAAGACCUGGAGAAGACUAUAGAGAUAAUACUCACAGAGACAGAAACGAUGAACUUUUUAAACCUACCAACAGUCAUGGUUUCUGUAGAAUCUGAAGAAGCUGAGAAAGUAAGCCGGAGAAACAAGAAUUAUGAGACUCUUUGUCGAAAUAGAUUAGGCAAUGACUUAUAUGUAGAAAGGAUGAUGCAGACUAUUAAUGGAGCACCAAAGAAUAAACACGUUCAAUGUGACAAAAUCAUGAAGGAAGACAAAGGCAUAAUGUCCACUGCUUGGGAUUUGUAUGAUUCUUAUAAUGCUAUGGAGCUUUCAUCUUUACCAGUAAAACCAUCUACAGUUGAUUCAAGUAGUAAAGCAAGCAUACCUUCUAAAGACUGGGACCAAAGGCUGCCAGGGAGUAAUUUAGAAAAAAUUAGUGAAGGUAGUUCUCUAAUGGAUAUUGAAAAUGUAAUUCUGGCUAAAGUCCAUGAUGAAGAAGAAGACAACUCAGAGGCAGUAUUGAAAUCUGAUAAGUUCCAACAGGACUUAUUUUUUAUGGAACGAGUUAUAAUGGAAAAUAUAUUUCAGCCAAAACUUGCAGCUUAUCGUCAGCUUCCUGUUUUAAAAGAACCAGAACCUGAAGAACCUGAAGACUUUUUAGUAGGUGAAAAACUUGAAGAGGUAGAAGAAGAGGCUAAGAAGGAAGAGGAAGAAGAAAUAGAAAUAGGAUCAGAACAAUCAACAAUACCAGCCAAUUUGGAACGACUUUGGUCCUUUUCCUGUGACUUAACCAAAGGCCUUAAUGUGAGCAGCCUUGCCUGGAAUAAAACAAAUCCAGACCUUUUGGCUGUUGGCUAUGGGCACUUUGGAUUUAAGGAGCAAAAAAGAGGAUUGGCUUGCUGCUGGUCAAUAAAGAAUCCCAUGUGGCCAGAACGUACUUAUCAGAGUCCAUGCGGCGUUACUGCUGUGGAUUUUUCAAUUGGAGCACCUAACCUUUUAGCAGUUGGCUAUCACAAUGGCACUAUUGCAAUUUAUAACGUACAGAGCAACAGUAACGUUCCAGUUCUGGAUAGUAGCGAAUCACCUCAAAAACAUUUGGGACCUGUAUGGCAACUACAGUGGAUAGAACAAGAUCGAGGGACAGCAGGUGAUGACAAAAGAGAAAUACUAGUUUCUAUAUCAGCAGAUGGAAGGAUCUCCAAAUGGGUUAUACGGAAAGGACUGGACUGUCAUGAUUUGAUGCGUUUGAGGAGAACUACUGCUAGCAGCAGCAAAAAAGGAGGGGAAAAAGAAAAGAAAGGUGAAGCUUUGAUAUCUCGACAGGCUCCUGGAAUGUGUUUUGCUUUUCACCCCAAGGACACAAAUAUCUAUUUGACUGGCACUGAAGAAGGUCAUAUUCACAAAUGUUCUUGUUCAUAUAAUGAGCAAUAUCUAGAUACCUACAGAGGACACAAGGGUCCAGUGUAUAAAAUAGCAUGGAAUCCAUUUUGUCAUGAUGUAUUCUUAAGCUGUUCUGCAGAUUGGGGCGUUAUUAUAUGGCAACAUGAGAAUCUUAAACCAUUUUUGAGUUUUUAUCCAACUACUUAUGUUGUUUAUGAUGUUGCCUGGUCUCCAAAAUCAUCCUAUAUAUUUGCAGCUGCAAACGAGAGCAGAGUGGAGAUUUGGGACCUUCACAUCAGCACUUUGGACCCUCUGAUUGUGAAUGUCGCUAACCCUGGAAUCAAAUUCACAACUGUUCUCUUCACUAAGCAAACAGAUUGCCUUCUGGUGGGAGACAGUGAUGGACAAGUUGCUGUGUAUGAAUUAAGAAAUAUGCCCACUGCUUUGGACUCUAACCGGGGAGAUAUAAUAGAUACUUUGCUUGGGCCCAAGUCAAAUCAAAGCGUAGUUCAUCAUCAGUAGUAUCUUUGUUGUUGUUUAAAGGAACAGUGUUUAAUAUCCAAUAGUCUGGUUUGUAUGCAGUAAGCUGGGAUUUUGAUUAUAGAACACAAUAUUUGAUGUAUAACUUCCAUCUAAAUUUAAUAUAAACUUAAUGAACUUUUACUUCAGAGAAAUGUGAUUAGUUUGUGAUUUAAGAUAAUUGUUAGAGU